AUGGUGGGGGCGUUAAUUUCGUCAUCAGUGGACCUGCCCCUUUCCUGGGCGGCUUGGCAUCGAAAGCCACAGAUUGCCGCGGGCCUGGGCGGCUGUCUAUCCGUCCAACGGUGA